AGGGAGAGGGGCGGGGAAGUUGUCAUUUAAAGGAUGUUUUGGUCCUUUGAAGUCGUUUUAUCAGUAGGACGGGGAAAGCGAAGGCUCACUACUGCUUUAGUCAAAAUGGCCACAAAAAUCAUUUAUUUCACGGUGAACGGGAGACCGGAACAGGCAGAGUUUCCUGUGGACUGCCCAGCUCAGGAUGUCAAAGAUCUGUUCCGGGCGGCAGCUGAAGCAGGCCCCCAUGACAUCCUGAAGCUGUACAAUACCAAGGGGAGCAUCAUCAACAUCUCCCCCCAGCUGGAGCCCAACAGCCCCCAUGCCUGCUACAAGCUAGAGGUGGUGGCUACGGACUGUAACAGAAAGCCUUUGGGUGGAGAACUUGCAGUUGCUUUAGGAUUUGAUCUUUCCUCCAUGGAGAAAAGGUUACAGAGCCUGGAGAAGAAGAUCUUGAUUGAGUCUGUGGAGACACCCUCUGUUGUUUAUGAGAUGAAAACUCAGGUGGAGUUGUUCCGUGAGAAACUGGAGUCUGUUGAACACCUGAGUUGGCUGGGCCUCUUCAAAGAGCUGUCAGAGGGUAAAUGCAAACCGUCUCCUUUCUACCAUAAGAGGGCGCUGCGUAAGACCCGCGAGGAGUGUGAGCAUGUGCGGGAGAAGUUUCUCCAGAUGAGCUCUCUGGAAGUCACAGAGGAGGUGAGACAAUAUCUCAAAACUCCCACCUUCGACAACUGGCAGUGGGAGGACACUGAGAUCAUGGUGCUGCUCCAGGUGAUGUACACGGACCUGGACUUCAUAUCCACCUUCAACAUCGAAGUGGAGGUCCUCCAGCAGUUCCUGUAUGAGGUCUACCGCCGCUACAACAAUAUCCCCUUCCACAACUUCAAGCACUGCUUCUGCGUCACCCAGAUGAUGUAUGGACUCAUUUGGCUCACAGACCUGAGGACUAAGAUGGAAAGCAUUGACCUCUUGAUCAUGUUGACCUCGGCAGUCUGUCAUGACCUGGACCAUACCGGCUACAACAAUGCCUACCAGAUUAAUGCACGUACAGAGCUUGCCUUGCGGUACAAUGACAUUUCUCCCCUGGAGAACCACCACUGUGCCGUGGCCUUUGAGAUCCUAGAAAAGAAAGAAAGCAACAUUUUUAGAAACCUGACAACUGAACAGUAUAAAAGGAUAAGAGAGGGCAUGAUAAAGUGCAUCCUUGCCACAGACAUGACGAGGCACAACGAGAUCCUGAAUAAGUUCAAAUCCAUUUUGCCCUCGUUCGAUUUCAGCAACAAGGACCACAAAGACGUGCUGAUGAUGAUCAUGAUCAAAGUGAGUGACAUCUCCAAUGAGGCUCGGCCCAUGGAUGUGGCGGAACCCUGGCUGGACUGUCUGCUGCAGGAGUUCUUCAAUCAGAGCGACAUGGAGAAGCUGGAAGGCCUUCCCGUGACCCCGUUCAUGGACCGGGACAAGGUGACCAAGCCCUCUUCCCAGACCGGCUUCAUUCGCUUCGUCCUCUUCCCCCUCUUCAUCGAGCUGGCCAACCUGUUCCCCUGUCUGGAGCAACACAUCAUCGACCCCGUGCGCAAGGCCCUAGACUACUACACCGAGAUGGAGAAGGCCCUGGACAAGGAGAAGCAGACCUGAGACCAACGUGCCACUGUGGGCCAAAGAGGUGGGGGCCCAAUGCCCGAACAGAGCAGCAGCCUCCAGCCAAUCAGAAGCUCCCAAAACAACGUGGUCUUCAAACCUUCUCAGAAACCAAUCAAAUAUGCUGUCAAUGGAUGUCGGACAUAUAUGCGCUUUUGUUAUAUGAAUAAAACUUGGAGAGAAGUUGUACUUAAAACUUUCAGUCUUAAUAUUUUAUAAAUGUGUUUAUUUAACCUUUAUUUAACCAGGUAAAAGUAACUGAGAACAAAUUAUCAUGUGACAUGCUUGUGUUUUUAUAGAAAUUAUCUAAUAAAUUGUAGAAAUCCUUUUAAAGAAACACAUGGCAAGAAACAAUUAAAUUUGUAAGUAUAUUCACAUUAUCACUGUUAUGUCCUUUUUGUGUAGUAGUACUGUCAUGAAGAAUGUUGUAUUCAAAAUAUAGAUUUGUGUUCAUUCUCUAUCAAUAGGAUAAACAGCAUAAAUUGCUGUAUGAGCAAUAUUUUGAUUAUGAUUUUAUAUACACGCAAGCACAACCUGAAAUGCUUAUAGUAGAUAUAUAUUUGGUUGUUGUUGUUUGUACUAAGAUUGAUAUGUACAACUACACCGCCUGAAUAUAUUUUCAAAUAUA